AUGGCCCAGCGUCUGUUCUCUGUGGGACUUGCAAGACACUUCUCGCGACCGUCGAAUCCACAGUUGUCAUUCCCCUGUCUUGAGAAACUCGAGCAGAGGUCGCAGUCGCUGGUGGAAAACGGGCCAGAGCCCGCGUACGCGAAGAUCACCGAGGACAAGGUGGACAUAUUCCGCUCCACGGACCCGAUCUUCCUCGACUACGGCGGAUACCUGCCGCAGUUCCAGGUGGCCUACGAGACGUGGGGCACGCUGGACGCCAGCCGUUCGAACGCCGUUCUGCUGCAGACCGGCCUGUCUGCCUCGUCACACGCGCACUCGACCGCAAAAAACCCGGCCAGGGGCUGGUGGGAGGACUUCAUCGGUCCCGGCAAGUAUCUCGACACCGAUAAGUACUUUGUGAUCUGCACCAACGUGAUUGGCGGCUGUUUUGGCUCGACAGGGCCGUCCUCGGUCGACCCGUCCGACGGCCAGGUGUACGCCACGCGGUUCCCGAUCAUCUCCAUCAGCGACAUGGUGCGUGCGCAGCACCGCCUCGUGAAACAGCACUUCAAGAUCGACAGGCUGCACGCCGUGAUGGGGUCCUCCAUGGGCGGCAUGCAGUGUCUCGCGUACGCGCACGAGUUCACCGACGAGGUCGCCAAGGUCGUGAGCAUCUCUGGCUGCGCCCGCUCGCACCCCUACUCGAUUGCCAUGCGCCACUGCCAGCGACAAGUUUUGAUGACCGACCCGAACUGGAAUAAAGGCUUCUACUACGGCUCGCUGCCCCCACACACGGGCAUGAAGCUGGCCCGCGAGAUCGCCACGAUCACGUACCGGUCCGGUCCCGAGUGGGAGUCGCGCUUCGGCGUCGAGCGCGCAGACCCGUCGAAACAGCCUGCCCUGUGUCCGGAUUUUCUGAUCGAGACCUACCUCGACCACGCGGGAGAAAAAUGGUGUCUGGAGUACGACCCCAACUCGUUUCUGUACAUCUCCAAGGCGAUGGACCUCUUCGAUAUGUCGCUGUCUGCGCGGGCAAAGGCUGCCAGAAGCCGCCGGCAGACCGAGGCGCGGUACAACGGCGAGUACGUGCCGGAUUCAGAGCUCGAGUACAGACCCGUGGGCCAGUGCUCGUUCGACGAGCCGAUGCGCGAGAACAAGCGCACGCGAAGAAUGACGCCCGAGGAGGCUGCCGAGGACCUGAAGCGCGGGCUGGCGACGCUGGCCGCCAAGGACGUGCUGGUGAUCGGCGUCGAGUCCGAUAUCCUGUUUCCGGCGUGGCAGCAGCGCGAGAUGGCCGACCUGCUCCGCCAGGGCGCCCGCGAGCGCGGCGGCGACGGGUCCAACAUCCGCCACGUCGAGCUCAGCAAGGAGGACAGUCUCUAUGGCCACGACACGUUCCUGCUCGCGCUCGACCACAUCGGCGUGCCCGUCAGCGAUUUCCUAGAACAUUAA